AUGGCGGCGCGCGGGCAGGGGCAGGUGCAAGAUUUCGACUUCUUCGUGGUGGUCGACUUCGAGGCGACGUGCGUGAAAGACGGGAGGAUCUUCCCGCAGGAAAUCAUCAAGUUCCCCGCCGUGCUCGUCGACGGCGCCACCGGCCGCAUCGAGUCGGCGUUUCGCAGGUACGUUCGUCCAAAACAUCACCCUGUGCUGACUCAAUUUUGCAGGGAACUCACCGGCAUCCGGCAGGAGGACGUCGACAGCGGCGUGGAUCUCGGCGAGGCGCUCUGGCUGCACGAGGCUUGGCUGAAGGCGGCGACGGCGGGGGCAGGGAGCUUGGCCGUCGUGACCUGGGGAGAUUGGGAUUGCCGCACCAUGCUCGAGUCAGAGUGCCGCUUCAAGGGGAUCGAGAAGCCGUCCUACUUCGAUCGCUGGAUCAACCUGAGGGUCCCCUUCCAGGCGGCGCUCGGCGGCGGAGGGCGGGUCACCCUUCAGGAGGCGGUCCGGGCGGCGGGACUGGACUGGGAGGGCCGCCUGCACUGCGGGUUGGAUGACGCGCGCAACACGGCGCGGCUUCUUGUUGAGCUCAUGUUGCGUGGGGUCAAGAUGACCAUCACGGGCUCGCUGGCGCCAUCGCCGCCGAUCCAGCAGCAGCCGCAGCAGCUUCUCACAAGCCCUUGCGGUGGCUCAUCUGCGCUGGCGCCGCCGCCGCCGAUCCAGCAGAAGCAGCAGUCGCCGCAGCUUCGCACAAGCCCUUGCGGUGGCUCAUCGGCGCUGGCGCCGCCGCUGAUCCAGCAGCAGCAGCAGCCGCCGCAGCCUCACAUGAUAAGCCCCUGCGAUGGCUUGCCUGGGACGUGCUUCUGCUACUGCAGGGUACCGACCAGAGGAGGCGUGGUGUCCGUGCCAGGGCCGAUGCAGGGGAAGUGCUUCUUCGGGUGUGGCAACUGGACGCCGGCCAUGGGACCCGUCUGCCCCUACUUACUUCGUAUGGACCAACUGAAUGAACCACCCAUGGCACCAGGUUCAGUGUAUCUCAGCUGUUAG